GAAUUGUAAACCCGUUUGCAACGCCCGAUAACGCGUAUCGGGGCGAGAAAUGAACCCGAAAUUCUAUUUCUGGGGCAUAUCACUGCACAAUUCCGGGGAAUCUCCAGGGCACCAUUUCCCACUCCCUUUUGAUUGCGGGGUAAAACUGUCUUCUGGCGUCGCUACAGUAAACAUCUAGAAGACCUGUACAGGCAUUUCAUCCUCGAAUAUCAACAUUCAGAUAUCAUCCAUCACCUCUUACCGUUGUUGUCUAAUGUCACAAGCCUUCGCCAAAAUUUUCCAGAAUGCCGAAAUCCCGCAUUGCUCUCCGUCCCUCAAGAUUCGUCCCUUUGCGGGGCGCUCUCUCCAUGAAUCGGCAACCCAAUAUCUCUAGCCACUUCUGGACUAGGUCUAGGAGAACCACGAAACGUAGUUUUGGAACAAGCCCAUUUGGCUCAACCGAAGCCUCAAAUACGGCCCGGGAAUUCAUAGCUUCUAAGUUGUCCCUAGAUGGCAAAGUUACUGUUAUCACAGGGGGCUCGAGAGGAAUUGGAUUGAUCCUGGCCAAGACGGCCGCAGCACUAGGUAGUGGUAUAACUAUACUAGAUGCUCAAGAGCCAGACACGAGUCUCGCUCAGCUGGAGAGAGACUAUGGCUCUCGAUUCGUCUUUCACCGGAUGGAUGUGACUUCAAAAGAGGGGAUGGAGGUUGCUUUUGACAGAGUGGCUCAGGACAUGGGCAAGCUCGAUAAUUGUAUCACCUGCGCCGGGAUUGCUCUUGACAAGCCAUUUCUCGAACAUACAUGGGAAGAGUCUCGUCGCAUUCUUGACAUCAAUGUCCUUGGGUCUUUUUUCUCGGCCCAGCUUGCCGCGAAACAAAUGAUCAAGCAAGGUAACGGCGGAUCUAUUGUUAUGAUUGCCUCUAUUGCGGCUCACUGUGCCAUACCUGCACAAAAAGUAUCAAUCUACGGCGCCUCGAAGGGUGCCAUCAAGCUUCUAGGAAAGACCCUUGCGGUAGAGAUGGCUCCAUACAAUGUGCGCGUCAAUACUAUUUCUCCUGGAUUUAUCGCGACCAAGAUGUCGGCGCAGUUUGCGGACAUUCAGGAAGUGUUUAACAGCACACCUCCUUUGAAACGCAUUGGACAACCCGAAGACCUUGCGCUCGCGACGGCGUAUCUGCUAGGCGAAGGAGCAUCGUAUACAACAGGGGCAGAUAUUGCUGUGACCGGAGGGUUGCACAACGGGCGCAUCGAGUUUUAGGACACCUUGAAUCUCUAAAAAGACCUGUAUGACAUUGUCUGAGCUGCACUGGCCAGAAGAGCUGGAGAAAGAAUACUUGGCUUCUGUAGCAAGGAGUGCGGGUAUACGGGGGACACUUUGAGGCCCUAAAGCAUCAAUAGGUUUAUACCUUAGGUCGCCAGCACUCUGUUUAUUACGUUCCUCUCGAGCCAAACAGUUAGCAUGCGCCUCUUUCUCCAUAUCAAAUCUAUCUCUGCCUUUUUUCCUACUGGAACUUUUGGGUCACCUUCUCAUCACAAUCAGG